AAGGGGCCGCAGGCCGGUGGUCCGCGCCACGCCCCCCGGCACCGCCGAGCCCCGUGAUUGGCUUGGGGCCAUUCUCGCCCGCGCCUCUUCGGGGGCUUCGGGGAGCUGCUGAUUGGCAGGGCUCCAGCCAGGGCAGCCUAUCGCGUCCGGGCGGGAAUGGGGCGCGUGACCCGCGGCGGCACGAGGGGCGGCCGCGAGGCCCCGGGGCUGUGGGACCGGGGAUCUUUAGCUGCUGGGUCAAAAGCAGAAAAAGGCAGCUCUGCAGAGGAAGGACCUUUCAAAAGGGGUAGAGGACUCACAGCAGCAAGGGAGAGCCGCAGAUUUUGCAGGGACAGCAGUUAUGAAAAUGCAGGCAUUUCUGUAAGUAUUUUGCUGGGACUGAGCUCUCCUGAAGAGCACCUGGUAAGUGCUGAACAGGUCUGGCCAGUUUUAAUUCUCUUGCCCCAGUGCUAAGUCAAGUGUUUUGUAGGAUGAGAGAGCUGGAAAGGAUGGUUCUUGUCCUCUGCUUGCCAUUUGCUGUGUCUGUGUUUCCCUGUGGUCUUGGGAGUGCGUGGGUCCCUCUGGCCCCGCUGGCCAUUCUCUACUGGUGGUGUCCCUGAAGGCAUCAGUCAAUGGCAUGGCUAGGACUGAGACAUGGAUGAUUACAGGGUGGAGACACUGGUGCUCCCAGUAAUAGCUGCUCAUUUCCCAAAUCUCUGCCUUGAAUAAAUAACAUCAAGGCUGACUGAGGAAUUCCUAAUUAAAGGGGAGACAAUCAAAGCUGGAACAAUAUUGCUUUGGCUUCAGCCUGCAGUUUGCUUCUGCCCACACUCCCUAGAGGCCAGAAUUUCAGGGGAGAGGUAUAAAUGUUAAACAAGAGAAUCCCUGCUUUAGUUUUCUAUGUUUGCUUCUUUGUUUUUAUAGAGCCAGUAUACAAAAAAAAGGGACACUGAUUCUUUUGUCUCCUUAUGUGCUACAAACCAAGAAUGGGAGCUAUUGGCAUUAGAUCUGUAUCAGUGUGAGCAGGCCGAACUCACGGUUUCUGGCCUUGCAUAACAAAGCAAAUAAGCCCCCUUUUCCUUAGCUGAGGAACUGAAGUCAUGCUGAGCCCCUUCCCUUCGUGUGCAGGACACCAGAGAUCACAGAGUGUGUUUGUGUGUCAGGAGCAAUGGUGGCACGGGUGAAGCUGGGCACCCUCCAUCCCAGCAGUGUGCUCGGCCAUGGUGACACCUAGUGGGGAGCACCUGGUGGCCCGGAAUUUGCACAUGGAUUUAUCUUCUCACAGGUUUUAGUGGCAGCCAGGGAGAAGCAGGCUAGGGUCUGGGGUCUUGUGAGAACUUGACUUAAGAGUGCCAGGGCUGCUCUUAACCUUGGUUUCUGUUUUCCAGAGAGAGCUACUGAUGGGUCUCUGCGGAGUGAGGACUGGGCUCUCAACAUGGAGAUCUGUGACAUCAUUAAUGAGACUGAAGAAGGGCCCAAAGAUGCAUUCCGAGCCAUUAAGAAGAGAAUUGUAGGGAAUAAGAACUUCCAUGAAGUGAUGCUGGCUUUGACGGUUCUGGAGACCUGCGUCAAGAACUGCGGCCAUCGCUUCCACGUCCUUGUGUCCAGCCAGGACUUUGUAGAAGGUGUCCUGGUGAGAACAAUCCUGCCAAAGAACAAUCCACCUGCCAUAGUGCAUGACAAGGUGCUGACCCUCAUCCAGUCCUGGGCAGACGCCUUCCGCAGCUCUCCAGACUUGACUGGUGUCGUUGCUGUCUAUGAAGACCUGAGACGGAAGGGUUUGGAGUUCCCCAUGACUGAUCUGGACAUGCUGUCACCUAUCCACACACCACAGAGGACUGUGUAUAGCUCCAACUCUCAAUCUGGACAGAACUCACCUGCAGUCAACUCCCCUCAGCAGAUGGAGUCCAUCCUCCACCCUGUCACCCUGCCCCCCGGGAGAGGCACAUCCAGCGACGCGCCCAUCACACCCACACCAGAGCAGAUCGGGAAGCUGCGCAGUGAGCUGGAAGUGGUGAAUGGGAACACAAAGGUGAUGUCGGAAAUGUUGACGGAGCUGGUGCCAUCCCAGGCCGAGCCUUCUGACCUGGAGCUGCUGCAAGAGCUGAAUCGGACAUGCAGAGCCAUGCAGCAGCGAGUCCUGGAACUGAUUCCCCGUGUCCUCCAUGAGCAACUCACUGAGGAGCUGCUCCUCAUCAAUGACAACCUCAAUAACGUGUUUCUGCGCCAUGAAAGGUUUGAGCGACUUCGGACAGGGCAGCCUGUUAAGGCACCAAAUGAGGCAGAGAACAGCUUGAUUGACCUGGGACACAAUAUUCCUUCAGCACUGAAACAGCCUGAAGUCACCAGCAACCUUUCCUCUCAGCUGGCUGGAAUGAACCUGGGCUCAAGCAGUGUAAGUGCAGGACUGCACUCCCUCGACACUUCUGGCAAGCUGGAAGAAGACUUUGACAUGUUUGCCCUGACCCGUGGCAGCUCGCUGGCUGAGCAGCGCAAAGGGGUUAAGUAUGAAGACCCCCAAGCCACCAAAGGCCUUGCUGGUGCCCUGGAUGCCCGGCAGCAGAACACAGGAGCGGGGGAGUCUGGUGCCUCUAGUGAUGGAGCCCAGCUGACAAAGUGGAUGAUGCGUCAAGGAAUGGUACCAGUUCCUCAAGCCAAUUUCAUGGAAGACAUAGAAAAGUGGCUCUCCACUGAUGUGGGAGAAUCAGAGGAUCCAAAAGGUGUCACCAGUGAAGAGUUUGACAAAUUUCUGGAAGAGCGAGCGAAGGUUGCGGACCGCCUCCCCACUUUGUCCAGCUCCUCAGCAGGGACGUCUCUGUCCCCUCCUGCUGCCAGCCAUCAUCGGAAGCAAGCAAAGGAAGAUGAUGCUAUGUUUGCCUUGUGAAAGCUAUGGACCAGUGUGCUGUGGAGCAAGAGGCUGUGUGUGCUAUUUUGCUUGCCUCCAACCAGGGGCCAGCAGAGGAAGGACUCUGUCCCCUUCCUCCAUUCUCUUCCUCUUUUACCUUUGAGUUGUUUUUAUUUUUAAGCUGCUUUCAGACUUCAGAUAAUCUUUGUUGUGUUUAGGGAUAUCAUAUAAUAGACUUGUAAAGGGGGUUUCAAAGCUGCUAGAGAAUGUGGGAGUUCAGUGGGCUUUUCUUUUUAUGGUACAGUGUGGGCAAAGCAGAAGAAGCUCCAGAAGAAGCUCCCCCAUCCUACUCUCCAGUGAGGUAGUUAGAGAUCUUGCCCAAGAAGCAGGAGAGGCUGCAGUCUGCUGCUGAAAUCAUUCCUGCCUGCCUCUUUCCUCACCCCUCCCCUACAAUGUAUCUCGAGCCCUCUGCCUGGCAGUGUUAGACUGGAAAGCAUGGGGAUGUGAAGCAUUGCUGGUGGCUGAGGAGGAACACUAAUGGUAGAGGGACCCUGUUGCUCUAACCUCUCUUGCACAAGUGUUUGUGGUAUGCAACACCUUCCCACUCACAACCCCUUCUCUUCCUCUUCCGCACCUCCUUUUCCCCAUCAAUUUAUCCAGAAUCCUACCCACAGCCCAGAUGUUUCCAUUGCAUGACAGCCAGUCAUCCAAGCCCUUGGCAGCACACAGGACUUCGAGCGGUACCCCAGGCUGAAGGGGCUGUCUCCCACGGGGUAGGAUGUGCCUUCAGCAAACUAUUUGCAGUUAAUUUAAUUCUCCAUUACCCUACUUUUCUCCCAGUGUGAUCCUACCUCCCUCUCUCACUUCCACUGAUGCCUUCCACCACAUUGUGCCGUGGUGUGGGGAGUCUCCGAGCCAGGCCAAUGCUACCGACUCCCUCGGGAUGGCUGUGUGUGCCGGGUCACAGAGCUGCGUCCCCUGAGGCAGGAGGCCCUUCCAUCAGCACUGUUACACCAGUGGGAACGCGCUUUGCUGCAGAAGCUCCUUCAGCUGGUGAGCACAGAGGGGAAGUGAGACAUCAGUCAUCUCAUGCCAGUAGAACAGCCCUGCAGCAGAAGCUCCUCUGCACAUGGGGAGAAAAACCCUUCAGAGCAAACCGCACACGCUGCCCACUCGUAAAUGAAAGCCAGGAAGGAGGGUGCCAAGCUCAGGGCUCCUGCUCGUGGGAUUUCUUGUUGAGCAUGGGAGAGUUGUCUUUUUUUACUGCACAUUAAAGGAGCAAAGGCUUGAGCCUCCCUUGAAAA